UCUUUCACGAAUCGCUAAUUCAUUUCAGCGCUGCUUGGUUCAUGUUGUGGUCGGAGUAGAUGGCACACAUGACAUGUGCCUCUGAUACAGAUGAUUUACCCCUGAUGUGCUUAGUGUUUUGCUGAAUACACAUAUAGUGAGACCUUUCAAAGGUUGUGUCUAUGCGGAAAGAUGGUGUUUUACUUUACAAGCGACGUUGUCUCACCACCCUAUACAAUCUACAUGGGCAAAGAUAAAUAUGAAAAUGAAGAUCUUAUAAAAUAUGGAUGGCCUGAAGAUAUUUGGUUCCAUGUGGACAAGCUCUCAUCUGCUCACGUAUAUCUAAGAAUGCCCAAGGGUGUAAUGAUAGAAGACAUACCAAAAGAAGUCCUGAUUGACUGUGCCCAGCUGGUCAAAAACAACAGUAUUCAGGGAUGCAAAAUGAACAAUAUUAAUGUUGUCUACACACCAUGGGGCAAUCUGAAAAAAACAGCAGACAUGGAUGUCGGUCAGAUAGGCUUCCAUCGACAGAAGGAGGUGAAAAUUGUGACGGUAGAAAAGAAAAUCAACGAAGUUGUCAACAGACUAGAGAAAACGAAAGAGGAGCGCUAUCCUGAUCUUGCCGCUGAGAAGGAGUCUCGGGACAGAGAGGAAAGAAAUGAGAAGAAGGCUCAAAUACAAGAGCAGAAGAAGAAAGAGAAGGAGGAAAUGAAGAAGAAAAAGGAGAUGGAAGAAUUAAGGAAUUAUUCAACGCUCAUGAAGAGUGACAACAUGACCACAAAUGAGGAUGGCUACGAUUCAGACGACUUCAUGUAAAGUAAAGGAAUGGAUCUGCGAUAAUGAAGAACCACCAUCUUCUCCCCACAGUAUCUCAGUUUGUCAUUGCACUUUCAAAGGAUGCCAUAGCGGUCAUCAGAAAUGAGCGAUCAAUGGGAAUCAGUACUUGUGCCAAUAAAGCACAAUUCCAAGACCUCUCUAGAGCAGUUGGCUUUGUCAUUCCUUUGAAAAUCAAAAUGCAAUAUGUAAAGUAUGUAAAAUACUGUUUAAAUGAUGAAAGUAGAUUCAGGUUUUUUUUUUGAUGUCUUUGGCCGAAUUAAAGAUAUUCACUGUGGAGAUAUGUUAAUGGAUGUGUACACUAAGACCUAGAGGGUAUUUGUGCUUAUAAAUGAUAUGCCUUUCUGGAUGAUGAUAUUGAACGACAAGCUCUUAAACCUUUUUCUUUUUUUGAUGUCCUAAAAUAAAUAAAUCUUUGCCAUUCUCA